UGUAAGAAACUAUGAAGCUGUUAAAAAAACUACUUGUGAUAUAUGUGUUUACCAUUGUCUCAUGGAUCAUAAUUACCAAUUACUACAGCCAAAACAUUGUGUGUGUUUGUUCAACAUCUCAUCCAACAGACCAGAAACAAAUAGAUGAAAGAUAUACAGAUAUUCAAAUUGAUAACAAAAUUAUACCGUUGUCAUCAACUGUUACUGUUCAACAUGUUCAACAGGUUACUUAUAUACAGAAGGAUCGGACUAAAGCUGAUAUAUCAUUGUCUAAUAUUACACAAAAAGAGAAAACAAUUAUAGGUAAAGUGAUCACCGAUAAUUUCAGAAGUUUCUAUGUAAAUGCAUCGGCGGAUCAAUUAAACGACCCCCUAAUUCAUCAACAUCGAUAUAUUCCUUUGCUCAACAAUGUUUUGAAAUGUUAUGAGAAAGAUGUAUUUCUUUUAGUUUUUGUUCAUAUAAAAACUUCGAACUUUGAAGGACGUCAUUUGAUUCGUUCUACCUUUGGAUCCAUUUCUAAUUAUGAGAACAAACUCAUCGAAUACGUUUUCGUGCUUGGACAGACGAAAAAUGAAACACUCCAACGGGCUAUUAAACGUGAAAGUGAACAUUACAAAGACAUUGUUCAAGGUAAUUUUAUAGAUUCAUACAGAAACCUAACAUACAAACUUGUCUUUAGUUUGUUUUGGGUAAAUAAUUUCUGUAACAACGCAAAAUUUGUCAUAAAAAUGGAUGAAGAUAUUUCAAUAAAUGUUCCCCGUUUAAUUCCUUAUCUCUUAAAGAAAACUGACAACAACUCUGCAUCAAAUAUUUUGGAAUGUAAAAUGAUUACACGUAAUAAGCCUCAACGUCGUCGCCGACACAAGUGGUAUAUAUCAUUGGAAGAAUAUCCAUUUUCGAAAUUCCUUCCAUACUGUGCCGGACACAGUUCAAUUAUGUCAAUGGAUAUCGUACGGAAAAUGUACAACGCCUCAAAGAAAGUCCCGUUUCUAUGGUUGGAGGAUGUUUAUGGUAGUGGAUUUUUAUCUUUGCUCUCACAAUUGAGAAUUUCAAUGCCAAAUUGUUACAUAAGUCCUGUGAAACGCAAUCUUAAAGCUCAGCCAUGUUAUCUUUUCUAUCUAAAUAAUUUAAAGAGUGUGAAUAAUUCUAUAACCAUUUGGGAAACAAUAAAAUCCCAUAACAUAUCUAUGUCUUGUAAAUGUUGAAAUAAUGGCGGGUAAACUGCUCAUCGUAUUCCAAUCAUCAGUUUUUUUAGAUAUCCUACAAAGUUGAUUC